AUGUCUGGUGAUGGCAGUGACACCUUAGCCACUGAAGACAAAGCAGAAAUUAUGGAGACGGCCAACGGUGACUCUUUACCCAGUGAUGCAGGAGCACACUGUGGUUCAGCUGCAAUUUCAGACGUGCCAAGCCCAGCUGCCCCCAGAGCAGACGUGCCUGAAAUUGCAGAUGUUAAUAGUGCAGAGACUGCUGACAUCAGGCACCCUGAUCCACCUGUGGAGCCCCCCUUCAAUGGAGAAGUGACCGAAGACACACUUGCCGAGUGCGUGGACUCCGUUAGCUUGGAGGCAGAACCCGGAUCCGAAAUCCCCCUGAAGGAACAGAAUCAUCCGGCUGUUGAGGCCCCUCAGCAUGGAGGGGGAUGGGCAGGCUGGGGUUCCUGGGGCAAAUCUCUGCUCUCAUCAGCAUCUGCCACAGUAGGUCAUGGGUUGACAGCAGUCAAAGAGAAAGCAGGGGCCACCCUGCGAAUUCAUGGUGCAAAUUCGGGGUCUGAUGAAGGGGUUCAAGCUGAUGCUGAACCCCUGAAGGUGAAUGAAACCCCUCAAGUAACAGAUGUUGCCACAGACCAGAGCCCUACAGCCAGCACCCCCACAUCUCCAUCGUCAGGGUCUCGGGGUGUGCUGUCAGCCAUCACCAAUGCGGUUCAAAACACAGGGAAAAGCGUCCUAACUGGUGGUCUCGACGCUUUGGAAUUCAUCGGCAAGAAGACCAUGAACGUCCUUGCAGAAAGUGACCCAGGCUUCAAGCGCACCAAGACACUAAUGGAGAGAACUGUUUCCUUGUCUCAGAUGUUACGGGAAGCCAAAGAGAAAGAGAAGCAGAGGCUGGCCCAGCAGCUCACAGCCGAGAGGACGGCUCACUAUGGGCUGCUAUUUGAUGAGUAUCAAGGUUUGUCCCACCUGGAGGCCCUGGAAAUUCUGUCCAACGAAAGUGAAAUCAAGGUUCAGUCAUUUUUAGCCUCACUUGAUGGAGAGAAACUGGAAGUCCUAAAAAAUGACCUCAUUUCCAUCAAAGACAUUUUUACUGCCAAAGAAUCUGAGAAUGAAGAGAAUCAAGAACAAGGCUUAGAAGAAAAGGGAGAAGAAUUUGCUCGCAUGCUGACAGAUCUUCUCUUCGAAAUCCAUGUUGCAGCCACACCUGACAAACUCAAUAAGGCGAUGAAGAAAGCUCAUGACUGGGUAGAAGACGAUCAAACCCUGGUGUCAGUGGAUAUGGCCAAAGAGCCUGAGGAGAAAGACCAGGAGGGAGAUGAGGAGGAGAAGCCUGGAAGUGCUGAAGAAGGAACAAAGGAAGAAAAGAAAGUGAAGACAGUUGAGGAAGUGUACAUGUUGUGCAUCGAGAGCCUGGCUGAAGUCACAGCACGCUGCAUCGAGCAGCUCCAUAAAGUGGCCGAGUUAAUUCUUCAUGGGCAAGAGGAGGAGAAACCAGCUCAGGACCAAGCCAAAGUUCUGAUCAAAUUAACUACUGCAAUGUGCAAUGAAGUGGCUUCUUUAUCAAAGAAGUUUACAAGCUCAUUAACCACUGUUGGGAGCAACAAGAAGGCUGAGGUCCUUAACCCCAUGAUCAACAGUGUAUUGCUAGAGGGCUGCAAUAGCACAACGUACAUCCAGGAUGCUUUCCAGCUGCUACUGCCUGUGCUGCAAGUCUCACAUAUCCAGACCAGUUGUUUGAAAGCACAGCCAUGA